GCGAUGACGCCAUAUUGUAAACUUAGAAUGUGAUAUCACUUCGAAAUGAAACUGGAAUAAUCCUGAAUUAUCUUGAUAUAUCUGAGGAGAAAAAUUAAGGAAUAAUGUUUGGUGCAAAGCCAUCUUUUUCUUUUGGAACUGGAAAUGCUACAUUUGGUGGUGGUACAUCAACCCCUUUUGGUGCAGGGAACACAUCAACAUUUGGAAAUGCAGCUAAUAAAACAUUUGGAGGAACACCAGCAUUUGGAUCCCAGACUCCAAGUACAGGAGGAACAGGUUUAUUUGGUCAGCAGAGCACGUCUCAGGGGACAGGUCUGUUUGGACAACAGAACCCAGGAGCUUUUGGUGGCACUGCCCAGUCAACAGGAUUUACAUUUGGUGCUACACCUGCCACCAACCCUGGAAGCAGUCUCUUUGGCCAGCAAAGCACAGCACAGACUGGUGGAUUGUUUGCAUCACCAGUCUCCAGCACCAGUUUUGGUGCUAAGACCCCAGGUUUUGGAGGUUUUGGAACGAGCACAUCAACAGCUGGAGGGUUGUUUGGAAACACUCAGCAGACCACCUCCUUAUUUGGCAACCCAAGUGGUAGUACAGGCUUUGGUCAAUCAGCAGCCAUAAAUGGAACCACUCUAAAAUUUAACCCUCCAACAAGCCAAGACACAAUGGUGAAGAAUGGGGUCAGCACUAACAUCAAUACACGGCACCAAUGUAUUACAGCCAUGAAGGAGUAUCAAAGCAAAAGUCUGGAGGAGCUCCGAGUGGAAGAUUAUUUAGCAAAUCGCAAAGGAAAACAAACUGCCACAGCAUUUGCUACUCCGUCAGCAUCAGGUGGAUUCUCUUUACUACAGAACUCAAACAUGGCUUUUAACCCAACUCCAGCAUCAACAGGAACUUCUUUGUUUGGACAACAACCACAACAAACCAGCAGUUUAUUUGGACAGAAUAAACCCCUAUUUGGGGCCUCAACUGCUACCGGAACAUCUGGGUUUUCUGGCUUUGGAACCACAACAUCUACAUCCAGUUUGUUUGGCCAGCCAACUCAAAACAAGCCUCUCUUUGGAGCCACACCAUCCACACAGGCCUCAGGUUUUGGAGGAACUAGUACAGGCUUUGGUGGCUUUGGGGGAACCAGUACAGGCUUUGGACAAACCAGUACUCCAGGUACCAGUCUAUUCAACUCCAAACCAGCUUUUGGAACUACUGCCACUACUGCAAGUGGUUUUGGAACACCAGGCAGUAAUUUGUUUGCCAAGCCAGCCACAGGACCCAGUCUGUUUGGUACCACUUCACAACCCUCCACCUUUGGCACCUCCGGGGGAUUUUCUUUUGGCACCACACCUGGUAUAGGAACAAGUACUGGAGUGUUUGGAGCCAAACCCACAACUUUUGGAAACACCAGUACAUUUAAUCUGGGUCAGACCUCAGCUUUCAACCUGAAUAAACCGUUUGGUACCAGCACAGGGAUGACUGGAUUUGGUACAACUACAGGUUUUGGUGUAGGUACUGGAUUUCCUCAAGGAGGAGCGUCAACAACUUUAAGCACGGCAGCACCACAGACAGCUCCUGUUCCAAAUGAAGUCCAGAUCAAACAGCAGUUAAUGGCACUGGCCAGUUCACCGUAUGGUGAUUCUCCUUUAUUCUGGAAUCUGAAACCGAGUGAUAAGAAAAGAGAAGAGAUCCUGAAACCAACGAACCCUUCAGCACAGAAAGCUGUUCUGUCCAAUCAGUACAAAGUGAGCGCACGACCCACAGCCAAAAUUAAACCCAAAUCUCUCCACAACAUGCUGAAUGGAUCAAAGACACACAUGUUUGAGGGCCUGGAAGAUGAUGAUUUCAGUGGAGGAACUGAAAGCUUCAUGCCAAAGAAAAGCAUCAAGAAGCUUGUUAUCCGGAAAGGAAGCUCCAGUUCUACUUCUCCUAGUCGUGCCUCGUCUGUGUUAGGGGAGUCAGAAAAUCAGAGCAUCAAUGAGCCAGAGGUCACCCAGAAUGGAAACUCGUUUAGCUUACAUGACCGACUGGAAAAAGAACCAAAAGCCCCAGAGGUUCACCUUUCACAGAAGCCAGUCUCGGAAAAUUUUGAUGAUACAAUAUCUCAGCUUAAUGUACAACAGAUACGUGUGCCAAUAACUUCCAAAUCGCCGGAUGACACUGAUCUCAGUCUGAAUCAAACGGUUGAUGAGAGCAUUGAGAGACCAACCACACCCCCUCCACCUAACCUUGCUGGUAUAAUCCUGACACGACCUGGGUAUUACACAAUUCCCUCUAUAGAAGAGCUGUGUGAACUUGUGGAUGAGAAUGGGGACUGUUUUGUGGAAGGUUUGACAGUGGGAAGGGAGGGAUAUGGAAGUAUAUACUUUCAUGGACCUCUCAAUGUUGCCAACCUGAAUCUGGAUGAUAUUGUGCACAUUCGCCGGAAGGAAGUGAUUGUUUACCCUGAUGACGAUAACAAGCCGUCAGAAGGGGAAGAAUUGAACAGGAAGGCAGAAAUUACACUGGAUUGUGUAUGGCCAACAGAUAAAACAACUCGAUCUUACAUCAAGGAUCCAGAGAGAUUAAAAGCCCUGGGCUACCAUGAGAAGAUGGAAGAAAUUACAGCACGCAUUGGAGGUCGAUUUCUGGACUACCGUCCAGAGACAGGCUCAUGGGUAUUUGAGGUGAAGCAUUUUACCAAGUAUGGACUGGAAGAUAGUGAUGAGGAAGACUUGUCUGCCCUUGCUCAAAUGAAGAAAACGAGCCAGAAAGUUCAAGUGAAUGGAAAACCUGUGCCUCCAGCAAUGGGAGAGAAGAAGACGACUCCAAAGAUGUCCUUGAUGAGUGAAGUACCACCUCCCCCUCCUCCAGACACGGAGGUACCUAUGACAGAGGACGACGCCCUUACAGAUAUCACCCAGGAGACCGCUCCAGACAGCAUGGCAGAGGAAUAUACAGGUGAGGGAUAUGAGGAUGAGAUGGAUGAGCAGCCCUCCUCCCAUCGCUUGGCUCAGAGUAUGGGGGUUAGUGCUCAGAACAUGCAGGUCAUGAAGGCAUCAUUCUUCCAGGAAGAUGAAGCUCCACCACAGCAGGACAUAUUAAGUUCUUCUCGCCUGAGUGGAAAGAAGGAAGCUAGUAUGUUUAGUGAUGCCUACAAGAAUUCCUUGAUGUCCCCUGUCAAGCUCUCGGGAGUCCCUAAGAAUGUUAACAUUGAGAGAGGUGCCUUCCCACCAAGAAUUGUUACUCCGGAACCAAUCCGGCCAGCCAAAUCCAAAUUCCACAUGCCUCCAGUGGAUGAGCACUUGCCACUUCCGACUGGGAUGAAGUCGGAUGACCUGCCUCGUCGGAUUGUAGGGGCUAGAAUACCAAGAUCUAUUCCAGAAUUUCAGGACUCUACAAUGUAUGAUAAGCAGGAUGUUAUAGUUGAUGCGGCCUUGUUCCAUGGUCGGUCUUUCCGUGUAGGCUGGGGGCCAGGAUGGACAUUUGCACAUGCUGGAUUAACCGUUACGCAACAAGUCACUGGUGCAGAAGAAACAUCUUUCUCGGUCUUAUCAAGCUCAAGAAAAAAGAAAGUUGGUCCCACUAGCUGGAAUGUCGCUGUAGAAAAGUUAGAUGUGACACCUUACUUCCAACCUGAGGACCCAGUUGUUGUGCGAAAUCAUGAAGAGUUGCUGUCCAUACAGUUAGAACACUCCAGGAGAGAGGUGGAGGAUGGAUGUCCUGUCUUUGGCCCCAGGGAGGGGGAGAUGGCCCUGCAGCACAUUGUGGACCAGAUCAAGCAGGAUAAGGAGAAUUCAGAAGGACACCCCGACUUUGACAGUGUCAGCUACUCGGAGACUCUGUGGAACCUUUGUUCUGCUUUGUUUGGGAAUUUACCAGAUGAUGUUGUGCAUCAUUAUGAAGUACAACAUGCCAGAAGAGAGGCAGUGUCAAAAUGGCUGUCCUCCACUGCCAGUGAUAAAAUCAGAAAGGAGAUUCAAGAAGCCAAGUAUAGGGGAAAGAAUCACCUACCAGCUCUGUUUGCUCAUCUGACAGGUGGACAGGUAGCAGAGGCCUGUAGUCUGUCCCAGAAGAGUGGGGAUACAAGACUGGCCUUGGUUUUAUCACAGUGUAUAGGCAGUUAUGUUCCCAAACAGCUUCUUGACAUGCAGCUCAAUGAAUGGGCAGAGUUAGGAGCCUUUAAGUUUAUUGAGGAGUUACGUCUGAAGCUGUAUGCUCUACUUGCUGGCCGCUUGGUUUGGCAGACCCCUCAAACAACAGUUAAUACCUGUAUGGAUUUGGACUGGAAGAGAGCUUUUGCUUUACAUUUAUGGUACAUGUGUCCCCCAACUGCUCCAGCCCAGAUUCACAAAGCCCUGGAGGAAUACGAGAUGGGAUUUAGAGGAGACUCACCCCUAGGAAUGUAUUGUAGCCCUCCAUUGCCCCCAUAUCUUGAGGAAAGUGAAAUGGAGGAUAAAGAAAACAUCCAAGAUACUACCUACCACUUACUCAAACUGUACUGUCAACGUACCUAUCCAUUAGAGAGCUUAUUUAAUCCCAUGUCAUGUACAGUGAAUCACAUGGACUACAGGCUUAGUUGGCACCUGCAGCAGGUACUCCAGUCUGUGGAAGCUCAGUACCGUCAUCUGUCUGCCUACCAUACCGCCUGUCUACACCUUAGCUUUGCUGCACAGCUUGAGUCUAUAGGGAUGUGGGAGUGGGCAGUAUUUGUGGUACUACACUUAGAGGACAGAAGAAGCCGAGAGUGGAGAACACGUGAUCUGUUGAGCAGAAAUAUGUCGGUAAAAGAAGAGUUCAAUGAAAAGGAAAUUUUUCUGAGAGAAAAGCUUGAUGUUCCUGUAGAGUGGAUUCAUUAUGCAAAGGCAUUGAAGGCUCGGUAUAAUAGGAAUUCUCACGCUGAAGCUGUUCAUUUGCUGAAGUCCAGAAGGUGGAAUGAAUGUCAUAAAGUCAUUCUGCGACAUUUGUCAUCUGAUGCCAUAAUUAACGAGAACAAUAGUUACCUUUAUGGGUUCCUAGUGGAGCUUGCACCACCUGACAGGUGUAAACAGAUCCUAGACUGGUCUAUAGGAGGUCAGGUGUUACUGGAUUAUUUAACACUUGUCCAAAAUCUGGAACAGCUAAAACUGGAAGUGGAGAGGGAUGGGCAUGAGAGUGUAGUAAAUAUAGACAGCCUAAGGUCUGAUAUCACCUCCCUGUGUGAGCGUAUUUCUAACCUUCCAUGUUACCAGUCUAGGGACAGAUUGUGCCAGUCUGAGAUUUCUAAGAGGUUGGCUGUGUUGUUCCGCACCAUUCUAAGUUUACAAGGAGAAAAUGAUGUUUCAGCAAGAUUUAUGGCCCCUCAUAUUGGACAUUUACCAAUGCCAGAAGACUAUAAAUUACAGGAACUGAGAAGUCUGACGAGGGACUUUUCAUCCAGUUAUCUCCGUGCUAUCAAUUGAAACAAAGGACUCUCAACAAUUGUAAGGUGAAACCAUCAGGAACAGACAGUAUAAAUCUACUCUUAGGAGACCAUUUUAGGAUUCAUCUAACUUCUCAAGCAAACUUGACCAGAUAUCCGAAGUUGUGAUGAGUUCUACAGGUCACUUUUAGCCAAGAGAGUUCAUUUAAGGAUCAGAUUCAGCUGAAAUGCUCUGGUUUUAUUGUAGAUGAUUUUGAAAUAUUUAAACAACUGUUAAAACAAUAUAUUUCCAUUUGCCCAAGUAAAUGUGAGACAAGAUUGAAAAAUUUAUAUUUAAGAAGAAUUGUGCACAAAAUGUUGACACGUGCUGUUUCAUAAUAUACAGGAAAAGUUAUGUUUUUCCCCUAACUUUUCAUUAAAAAGCAGUGUUAUGAAAGCAGAAAACUUUGUGUCCAUGUGUAAAUGUUCCUUAUGAUGAUAUGUGAUGUUUUGACCUUGUAUGAAUAUUGUCUUUUUGAAGACUACAUUUCAGACUGAAUUGAAAUAAAAUGAAUAAAUACUGUAAAUACUUCC